AGCAUGUGUGUUCAGCAAACACAACCCAUGAGGAGGAGUUAGUGUCAUUCGCUCGAUGAGAGUAGACUGCAGGCAGGGCAGAACACUGCCUCCAGUUCAGUACCAGCCAUGGACAUGGAGAAGGUCAACUCCAUGGACUUCAGUGAAUUUGUAGAUGUGUUUGGGAACAUCGUUGAAAAAUGCCCUCUGAUCGCAGCUGCUGUCUGGUCCCAGCGUCCGUUCUCUGACUUGGAAGACUUAGAAAAUCACUUUUUUGCUUUUAUUGAUGCUCUCCCGAGAUCAGGCCAGGAGGGCAUCCUGCGUUGUCACCCGGACCUAGCGGGCCGUGAUCUGCAACAGGGCACGCUCACCGCUGAGUCACAGCGCGAGCAGAGCCAAGCGGGGCUCACCAGCCUAGACACGCGUGACCGGCUGCGGCUGCAGAGGCUCAACGCGCAGUACCGUGAGCGCUUCGGCUUCCCGUUCGUGCUGGUAGCGCGUCUGAGCAACCGUGCCACAGUGCUCCGGGAGCUAGACCGCAGGCUGCACUGCCAACCAGAGUCUGAGCUGCGUACCGCCCUGGGCGAAGUGAAGAAGAUCAGCCACCUGCGCCUGACAGAUUUGCUCGGUGCCCAUUCCGCCACGGUGGAACCACAGCGAGGCUGGGGAUCUGAACGCCAGCAGGAUGCAUCGGGGAGGGGAGACCCUGCACCCCAGGCUGGCUGGGGCCUGGAAAGACAAUCCAUACACCCACACAAAGGAAGUGGAGAAUUGAAGCAAUCACACGAGUAA